AUGUACUUGAUGUGGUUGUUAUAUAUAAGACAAUUUAAAUUAUUUGAAUGUUUCCCCGUUUUGUUCAAUUGUUUUAAUAACGCAAGACAAUUAUAUCAAGUCAUCAUCACUGACAAUGAGAGAUUUAGAUCCCAGAAGCACUCUUCCAUACCAUUCCUUGGUGUGGAAGCAGUAGGUAUCCACAAUACUACUCACAACUCAAUCGUGAAGUGCGAUGUCGACAUCAUAAAGGACUUGUAUGAAAACAUCGUCUUUUCAAAUGGAACAUCAAUGUACUCAGGCAUCAACGACAGACUUAAAAUAAAGAAGCUCGCAGAUAAACAAGGAUUAAGCAUGAGAAGGCUGUUUAUGCUUGGCUCAAUUUAA